AUGUCCUCUUCGCUGUUGGGUGGCUAUAUGGUUAUAGUUGGUUAUGGUGAAGGUCAUAUGAGCUUGGAGGGAAAACUUGCUGGAAGGGAAGAUAAAAGAGAUGUUGAGCUGAGAUUCUUGAAGAGGAGAGAGCUUUUACAGAGAAAACGAGGAACGGAAGCAGAAGGAGGAGAUUGCAGCUUGCUGGAAGCCAAGCAAUAUUUUGCUCCAGGGGAAUCAUUCAGUAACGGCGGCAACAUUUUCUGGGUGCUGUCGGAUUGCCGCCAUUACUUUCGUCUCUACUGCGUUAACGCAUGGUUGAAGCUCAACGCGUCGUGCCAUGUUUCCCACAUUUUCAUACUCUCUCUUGCAAUCUUGUUUUUUUGGUCCCACACCCCCACCUUCAUCAACAAGUCUCCACCUCACAUCCCGGAAGUUCAUAUUCUAGGAGAUCCAUUCCCGCGGGCUGUCAAUGCAUUGACGAUUGAGAUUAAUCGGAGUUUUUCUAUGUUGCGGGAGAUCGCAUCUGGAAGAGACUUAAAGAAAUCCCUUAUUAUUAUUGCUGGCCUGUGGGUUCUGUCCAUGGAUGAGCGGUUUUGA